UGCGCGCGCGCAGCGGCCGCGACCACUGUUGUCUGUAUAAUUGUGUUUAAUUUUGGCGCAAUAACUUCGCGUACUGUGUUAUUGUUGUAAGUGCCGGCACCACGCUCCACCUGUGCCCGCCGCCCUGCACGGUGUCCGACACGGUGUCGCGUGUGCUUAGAAAGUGAAACAACAAAGGAUUACAGUGCACAUUGUUGGAAACAAAAACAAAAAUAAGUGAAAAUGUCGACAACAGCGACGAGACAAGUGAAAUCUUCCAACUCAGCGAACAUAUUAAUGUGCAAACAGUGGUGGAAGGUGUGCUGGAUGUACGGCGACCAGGAAAAAUACUACAGGCAACUCUACGGUAAAAGGAAACUGAACGCAAUGAACACAGAGUUCCUUAACUUUGAUAAAAUGGACUCAAAGCGAUCCGGAGCACAGAUAACUGAACUCACAGACGAUUUCUUUGACAAUAAUUACGGUACACAAAUAGACCCCGCGCCCGAUGAAAGUAUUGCGGAAACGAAAUGGUUCGGUGUCGAAUCGGAACCUAUCUACGGUUUCGAAUCAACGUGGCAGAAAGACCAAAGAAGACAACCGAUACGACAAAGUUACGACGAUCUGAAUAAUAUUCUUGAUGAGAAUCUUAACACGGAUGCAAUAAAGACGAUGUUACAGAACGGACUACCUCAACCUCAAGAAGCUGAAUUGUUGGAUUCCAAAGAACAAGUUCAUCAGAACGGAGAUGUAUUCGGAAAGACGUCGAAAACAAUUUGUAAGACUCGAAAAGGUGCGAUAGUUACAGAAGAAACUGAAAUAUGUACGGAUGGAAAGACAAACGCUAAUUUAAGGUUCCAACGUUCGACAGUGAAAACGGGUCCUAACAAAGUGAAGGAAGUGCUACAGCCAGUGAAAGAGGACAUAGUGCUGGACGAGUGUUCGCGGAGGAAGUGCGUGGGAGACAGACUGACUACCACCACCAGGACUUUGGUGACCGUCUCACAGACAUCCACCACCUCUUGCAACGAACCUGUAUGCCGCAACUGCGUGGUGUCGCCAACGGGGUCCUCCCCGCCACCGCUGCACGAGCAGGCGGCCUCACCUCCGCCGCCAGCUCCACCCUCGCCGUUAACCUCGCCACGCCUGCCCCCCGCGCCUGCCGACCACCCCGCGCUACCAUCGCCGCAGCCCAGCCAUAGUGGAUCCUCCGCGCCUAGCCAGUGCAACUCACCCCACCCUUACUCUUACCCUAACUUCCGGCGCAGUCAACCGCCGCCGGGGCAGGCCUUCCCGGAGUACAACCUGCUGCACAGUCAUAGUGUAUCCCAGCUGCACCAACCCGGACAGAGCUACCGGUCUCCUCAGUCCCCGCAGUCCGCCAUGUCGCUCUCCCCCCACCCCGCGCCACAGGGCAAGCUACGCGGCCUCCUAGAGCACGCCGAGAGGCUCAUGAAGCCCGGGGACCCGCACAGGCACUCUCAGAGCGACGACGACUCCGGAUGUGCGUUAGAAGAAUACACCUGGGUCCCGCCUGGACUGCGACCUGAGCAGGUGCACCUGUACUUCUCCGCGCUGCCGGAGGACAAGGUGCCGUACGUGAACAGCGUGGGCGAGCGCCACCGCCUCAAGCAGCUGUUGCAGCAACUGCCGCCGCAGGACAACGAGGUGCGGUACUGCCACGCGCUGUCGGACGAGGAGCGCAAGGAGUUGAGGCUGUUCAGCGCGCAACGCAAACGCGAGGCGCUCGGACGAGGACAGGCACGACAGCUGCACGCUCCCGCGCCCUGCGAUAGGUGCGAAGAAACGAUGUCUGCGGGAGACAUGUGCGUGACCGCGGCACGAGCAGGCCCCGCGGCUCGUUGGCACCCCGGCUGCUUCGUCUGCACAUCCUGCCAGGAGCUGCUCGUCGACCUCGUAUACUUCUGGAGGGAGGGCCGCCUCUAUUGCGGCAGACACCACGCCGAGACACUCAAGCCGAGGUGUUCAGCAUGCGACGAGAUAAUCCUGGCGGACGAGUGCACGGAGGCGGAGGGGCGCGCGUGGCACAUGAAGCACUUC